CGUUAAGUGUUCGUCAUUAUUGAUGAAAGAUGGACUUUCUUCCUAGUACGUGUCUUAUAAAAAUUUUUUGCUUCUGUUAAUGCUAAUUAUCUAUGCAUUAACUAAUUAUCGAUACCAAUUAACAACGAGCUGAGCGUUUGUGUCUUAUGAAUGGAUUCGUUUCACAAGGAAAUGUUUCGUGGUAAUACAUGCACCUUUCAAAUAAAAAAAACAGGUGCAAUUAUAAGGCUAAUACAAAAUAAUAACAGCAAUUCGACUGCUUUCUUUGUUCCAACCCAAUUUACCCGAACAACCGACUUCCGCACGCCAAAAACAAUGACGACAACCGGCUCUGAAGAUAUGCAAACGGAUAUGAGCAUCAUCAAAUACGGUUCUGAAAAAGAUGAAAUAAUAUGGCGGGCAGCCUUCAGCGAAAGUGGCAAGUGGCUGGCGGAGGUGAAAUGAGUUCGGCGUCCCGAUCUGGGGCACGUUAGGCCGCUGAAAAUGCUAUUUUACAAUUUGUUGUCUUCCAGCGACGUAUAAAUAUUGGAGGGGUGACACGAACAUGCCAUUUGUUCUUUACUCGUGACUGUGAAUUGUUCUCUCUAGAUGUUUGGUAUGAUGAAGUUGCUGGUACAAUUUCUGUGCUUGGUUUGCCUUGCGACAGCAGAAGUGGCAAAACCUCAAGAUGAUAAAACGAAGCUAACACAAAAUGUUGUAAAUGUGCAGAAGCCUGAACAACAGUACUACCCCCAGCUUCAAUACCAACCUGUACAAGUACAACCCCAGGUCCUUCAUGCAGCUGUUCAAACCCAACAACCACAAUACGUCCAGGUAAUACCAAAGCAAGUGUUUGUCCAGCAACCCCAACCACAACCUGCCAUGAUCAUAAUAGCACAACCUGCUCUAGUACCUUCGAAUUUACUUUAUGGAGGAGCAACCCAACAGUUACUUAACUAUUUCCACAGCAAUCCUCAAGCUAGGUACCAACUUCUUCACGGGAACUACCAACAAGCUCCUCAACCCAAAUUCAUCCAUCAACCAGUAGUGAACGCUUUACCAUCGAUUGCAAACUACCAAGUCGUAGCACCAGCCCCAUUCCAACCACAGGCACCUCAACAACAUUAUCAGAUUCCAGUGGCCCCACCACAACCCCAGUACCAAGUGGCGGCACCCCAAUUCCACACAAUCCCAGCCAGUUCGGUGCCCACAACUGCACCUGCACAAGAAAUGUACGCACCAUCCAACAACUACCAGCCCAAAAACAUGCAGCUCAAUCAGAUCGCCCAUCUGGCCCAGCUGGCCGCGCAGCAGUACCUAACCACUAAGCAAACGCCCGCCAUCAUCACAGGAUUCGAGAACUUCACGCCCGAACAACAGGCGCACAUCAAGUCGCAGCUGAGCGCCCACUUCGGACAGAUCAACGACGUGUCACCCGCCCAACAGCAGGCGGGCAAAACUCAGUACGCCCAGCAGUACUCGUCCAAAUUUCAGGCAAGCCUGAGCGACUUCGUGCCCAGUCCACAAGUUAAGGGUGGCGAGACCACCGGGGCGGGCAUCGCCGCCCCCAAAGCCAAAUAUUCGAAGAUGUAAUUUUGAAUCUGUGCCUUUUUCGUUUCGUCUGUGUUCUUAUUUAUUUUUCGUUCUAGAAAAUACGACUAUCAUUUUUUUUAUUGACCGGUACAGUAUUUAAGUUUCGGUGACAGAUUUCCGACAAGACUGAAAUUCACACCAGUAUAGUUUAUUGUACCAUUUCGUUUAGCGUUAGGGUUUUUUGUGUAUUUAUUCAUUAUUG